AGUGCCCGCAGCGCCGGCCAGAGCGCAGCGCAGCGCAGCGAGGCGCACACGGCGCGAGCGGCCCGCGAGUGGACGGGCCCGGCGGCUGGACCGGCGCCGGUGCUGCCCUGCUCGCUCCCCGCCGCCGCCCAUGAGCCCAGCGCCGCGCGGCCCGGGUCUGUAGGCGGCGGGGCGCCCCCCCCAUGCUGCUGCAGCCCGCGCCGUGCGCUCCGAGCGCGGGCUUCCCGCGGCCCCCGGCCGCCCCCGGCGCCAUGCACGGCUCGCAGAAGGACACCACGUUCACCAAGAUCUUCGUGGGCGGCCUGCCCUACCACACCACCGACUCCUCGCUCAGGAAGUACUUCGAGGGCUUCGGGGACAUCGAGGAGGCCGUGGUCAUCACCGACCGUCAGACGGGCAAGUCCCGCGGCUACGGCUUCGUGACCAUGGCGGACCGGGCAGCAGCUGAGAGAGCUUGCAAAGACCCUAAUCCCAACAUUGACGGCCGCAAGGCCAACGUGAACCUGGCCUAUCUGGGUGCCAAGCCGAGGAGCCUCCAGACGGGCUUUGCCAUUGGUGUACAGCAGCUUCACCCCACCUUGAUCCAGCGGACUUAUGGGCUGACCCCCCACUACAUCUAUCCGCAAGCCAUUGUGCAGCCCAGUGUGGUGAUCCCGGCCGCCCCCGUCCCGUCGCUGUCCUCGCCCUACAUCGAGUACACGCCAGCCAGCCCGGCCUAUGCCCAGUACCCGCCGGCCACCUUCGACCAGUACCCGUACGCCGCCUCACCUGCCACGGCCGCCAGCUUCGUGGGCUACGGCUACCCGGCCGCCCUGCCUCAGGCGCUGUCGGCCGCAGCCCCCGCCGCCGCCUUCGUGCAGUACCAGCCGCCGCAGCUGCAGCCCGACCGGAUGCAGUGAGGGGGGCCGCGGACCCGCACCCCCACGCCGGCCAGCGGCUCCGGGGCGCAGCCCCGCACGGGGCCUCCGGAGACCCUUUGGGACGCCCGCCUGAGCCCAGCCGGACUGGAGGCCGCGUCUCCUUCGAUCCAGGCCCCGCGGCGUCUUGGGGGAGAACCUUGGGGGACGAGGCUGACCGAACGCUGUCCGGAGAUGCACCCGGGACCCAUCUCCCCGGACCUCGCCCCACCGCCGCCCUUCCUCCCGUGUCUCGCGCCCCUCCCCGCCCCCCAGCACCACCAGGACCUGCCCCCUCUGCGGACCAGCUGCCCGGCAGGCUGUGCAGACUCUGUCCCGCUCCAGAUGCCUUAGUCCAGCGCCGCCCAAGGGCGUGGGGGCGGGGGUGUGCUGCAGGUGCAUCCAUGGGGCCCUGAGCUGCAGGGGCGGGGGGCACCUGCCUCCGGAAUUCACACCUUCUAGAGCACGGCCUGCCCCCUGCCCAGGCUCCCAGCCGCAGCAGGGCCGCUGGCAGUGUCCCUUUUUGUCGAAGCUGCAACUCUUUUUCUUACCGUCGAUGUUUUGCUACUAAGAUGAUUU